AUGAAUGUAACUAUGCAAGAAAUUCAAAUCAAAGUAGCACAACAUAUGAUACAACCAAAUAUGGAAAUCGAACAUUCAGCAGUACGAAAUAUAGUGAUGCAAAUGCAUAUGGGCGACGAGAAAACGUCAGUUAUUUUACCAUUGUUAGCUGUUAAUUUAUCUUCAUCUAAUUCGAGUUUAGUUCGUAUUAUAGUACUUAAAUCAUUAUUUCCAACAAAUUAUCAAUCAUUACGAUGUAAAUUAGGUGGUUUACUUAAUCGACGUAUUUUUCGAUUUGCAUGCCGUCGUGAUAUGAAUUUCAAUACUAUCGAUAGUAGAAAUUAUCGUUAUACAGAUAAGCCAAUUAUAUUAUCAUUUAUUUUAGAAACACAUUCUUCUGUUGAAUAUCUCGUUCAUAAAUUUCCACGUCUUGAUCUUCAAUUAUUUCUCAUUAUUCGUGGUUUAUUAUCAUCCGAAGUCUUAUUAGUUGCUUUUAAAAACCGAUAUCGAGUUAAUUAUGGUGUCAACUCAAGUUCUUCUUUUAAUCGUUUAAUGACUGUACCAUUUCCUGCAAAAGAUGUUGUAGCUGAUAGAACCGAAUUCGGUCAUCCAGAUGUUGCCUUAGUAUUAACAAAAAUUUCAUAUUACUAUUUAGGUUUAAAUGAAGAAGAAACUGAUCCUGCAUCGAUUUAUGAUCAAUGGAUUUUAUAUGAAGAUGAAAAAUAUAUACCAAAAAGUAUCAAACAAUGGAAUGAAGUUAAUUUAAAAGAUUAUCAACAAUAA